AUGUCUGGAAUGGACCAGGACAAUGUGCCUCUGAUACAGGACAUAGGACAUGUUGAUAUCAACGAAGAUGACCUGCCAAGCGAACCUCCGCCCAACCAACCAUUACUGCCAUUAUACAAACUAAUAGCACUCUCAAUCUCUUUCUUGGGCGUUCAGUUUGGUUGGGCCUUGCAAAUGGCAUAUAGUACUCCGAUGUUCUUACAGCUUGGAGUGUCACGAUUCUGGGUAUCAUUUAUUUGGAUCGCGGGACCUGUUUCAGGACUGAUAGUCCAGCCAAUUGUUGGAGUGAUCAGUGAUCGAUUGGUAUCCAAAUAUGGAAGAAGGAAACCAUUUAUAUUCUUUGGAUCAAUAUGUAUUGUUCUUGGACUUAUGUUAAUAUCAAAUGCACCUUCAAUUGGAGCAAAGAUGGGUGAUACUCCAGAUAAACAGACCAAGGCUAUUAUAUUAGCGAUCAUUGGAUUCUGGAUAUUGGACCUUUCAAACAAUGCUGUACAAUCACCUUGUCGUGCACUUUUGGUUGAUGUCGCACCACCUGCUCAACAAGGACUAGGUUCAUCCCUAUUCUCCAUCAUGUUAGGCAUUGGUAACCUAUUAGGUUACUUCAUGGGCUCACUCAGUUUGGUUGGAUUACUACCCUUUAUGAAGACAGACAUUCGGAUAUUAUUUAAAUCGACAAACUACCUCCGCCAUAUAUUUGACUCAUUGCGAGACAUACCUCCAUACUUGUCGCGAGUAUGUUGUACACAGUUCUUCUCAUGGAUUGGAUGGUUCUGCUUUGUUCUCUACGUCACCACAUGGGUUGGAGUCGAUGUCUAUCAUGGCAAUCCCAACGCACCCGCUGGAUCAAUUGGUCUCGACCUAUUCCAAGAGGGAGUGCGCCGAGGCUCUCUUGGCCUAUCGAUCCAAUCAGUCGUGGCCAUUGCCUCCUCCCUGCUUUUACCUUGGCUGAUAAGAUUGAUUGGACACAAGGAGAUUUACUUCAUAGGAACAUUCAUUCAAGCAGUGUGCUUUGGACUGUUCUUCUUUGUCGAAGGACGCAUAUCGUGUCUGUUCCUCAUUGGUGCAACAGGAUUCUCGUGGGCAGUCGUCAUGGUAAUGCCAUUCACAAUAGUUGGAAUGGGAUCAACUGCCAGCAAGAGUGGACUACACAUUGGAGUGAUGAACAUAUUCGUGGUGGUGCCACAACUACUAGUAUCAUUGACGAUCAGUUUCAUCAUUGAUCUCUUUGGAGGUGAUAUAGUUAUAUCAUUGUUAACUGGAUCAGUGUCAUCAUUCAUUGCCGCACUAUCUGUUCUACGAUUGAUUAUUCCUGAAUAUAAUAUUGAUCAACUAACUUAUUAA